GCAACUAUCAAGCUAUCAACCACCAGUAACGUAGCAUCCUCAGCCAUCAGCAUAAACAGCGCUCGUAGCAUCCAUCACACACCGAAGAUGGACUUUUUCUCGACACCAGGAGGUGACAAGUACGCACGCGCUUCGAAACCCAACAAUACCGUCAAACGGUCCAUUCCGACUCCUGGCGUCACCCCAAGACCCACAUCCUCCUCGUCUUCAUCACGGCCUACGAUCAACCGUUCCAAAUCGAGCAUACAAAACAAUGGCAAUGGGUCGACUCCAAAGCUGACCUCGAGGAAUAGACCUCCUCAACCCCGAUCGUCCGCCACACCAUCGGACGAUUCUCCUCGGAGACCCCGGACGGCCGAUUCUCAAUCGCAAUCUCGGUGGCCCAGUACCCCUUCAAAACGGAGAAGACGUCCGGUCGAAACGUCCGAAUCGUCCGCUUCGUCUUCAGAUGAGGGGAUAACACGAACGCCAAGAAAACGUGUAGACGUGGGUAGGAAUGGGAGUGGGGGUCGAGCUGCGGGCGAAGGCGUAUGGGACGAUGUGGGGGAGAUUAAGCCUAGGGACCGGAAGAGGAGGGAGUUGUUUGAUCUGUCAGCUCUGGAGGGACAAUUCAGUCACAAGGAAGAUGGGAGCGCAAACGGGAACGAUUUCGUGCAUUCGGCGGAUAUGGUACGGAAGAACCUGGCCAAGUAUCGACCUUACUUUACUUCUCAAUCCGAACCGACGGUGACUACCACCCCGACACCGGACCAGGUUCCCGAGAUCGAGCUCGUUUACCCUUCCCGAGGGUACACCGAGCGGUUCGCGCUCUUGCAGCCUCGACAGAACAACGAGUAUCAUCCGAUUCAAGAGGUGUUGGAUUCGAUAGGGUUGAUGGUGGAUCACUAUAUACCGGAAACGCACAUGCAUCAGUUCCGGGCUGCACCUACGGAUUUCUUCAGUAAUCAGCACCCACACUCCCACGCGCCCAACUUCCUCGCCUCCUCCCCUGUCCCUAGCACCCCAGGCACGCCUACCGCCUUGACCACCCCUCAACCCACCUCGGACCCGAUCGUCCGUUCCCUCCACAAGGCUUAUAAUCGUAAAGACCUCUCUGGAUUCAUCGCCGCCGUCCAGAGGUUCAAUGAGGAGUUUACGAAAUUGCGCGAAGAAGGCGAGAUCAAACGGCAUCUAGAAGACGAGGACGGGGUAGUCAAGGGGGAACGAUGGAGAGGGAUGGUCAGCGCAUUGGGGGAGAGUUGCUAUCAACGAAUAGUCGGACCGGGGACGACGACGCUGUCGGAAUACGAACCGUUCUCGGAUUAUGUCUAUGGAGAGCUCUUGCCUCGCUUUGUGUUCACGAUUGCCGACCGGGCCAACUUGAAAUCAGAUUCCCGAUUCGUUGAUCUCGGCUCGGGCGUGGGUAACUGUCUCGGCAACAUUGCACUCUACACAGGCUCUGCCAGUAUCGGGUGCGAAUACAUGCCCAAUCCGUCCCGACUCGCUCGAGCGCAGAUCGUCGAGAUGAAGCAGAGGUGGAACAUGUGGGCUUUGAAGGGGAAUGAAGAGUGCAAUGCGAUUGAAGGUGAUUUCUGUGCGGAUCCGGAUGUCGUCAAGGCGUUGCAAAAGGCGGAUCUGGUUCUCGUCAACAACUAUGCAUUUACCCCAGCACUCAACGACCGGUUGUCCCUCCUCUUCCUCGAACUCAAGGACGAGACGAGGAUCAUCAGCCUGAAACCGUUUCUGCCGGACAAGUUCAGGUUGAACGAUCGGAACGCCUCGUCCCCCUCGGCGAUCUUGCGGAUGAGGGAGUUGCCAUAUCCAGCAGGCAGUGUGAGCUGGACCAACGAAGGCGGUGUGUAUUAUGAACACGUCGUUGAUCGAAGCCUAUUGAGGGCGUUUUACGAGAAUGGGGCUAGGCGGACGUCCAGGAGGUAGGCGAGAGAAUGAAGGGCGACAUGACGAGGAGAUUAUCACUAUUAUAAUCAUAGCCACAGCAUGGCAAGGCAGAACGGACGUUUGUGCAACAGGAAAAAGCUAUCGCAUGAUCGCAUGAACAUAUAUCGUUGUGCAAGCCCUGAUCGAACAUGCGCAUCGUCCCGUCAAAGCCGCAAGGGAUAGCGGCGACGAGCAUCAUGAUCGAUUCCAGAGGAAUGCUAGGUCGGUCUCGGCUCAUCAUGCUGGUCAAAGUUGGGAGAGCACUGUACUUCGAUAGCUUGGGACGAGGUGAUGCGGUGAACAGAUGAUGCGCGGCUGAAACCGAUUCAGGAGGAUGCCUCCACCCUUUGAGCCGACCAAUCCUCCCGACCAGCGACCUCG